CGGAGGAGCCUCCCUCUCGGCCUUCAGGAGGGGCUGAAGGUGACUCUCCUCUCGGCUGGGAUGCAGAGGGAGCUGCUGGGGGGUCCUCUCCGUCCUCUCGGCCCGAUACGCGGAUCCUGUUCCGGAGAAUAACCGCGCAACCGCGUGUUGGAGCUUCACCAUCGACAUCUAUCUCAAUUUCUUUAUUUUUAUUUUAUUUUUCUUCUUUCUUUUUUAUUUUAAUUAAUCCACAAGACAAGAGGACACCCACAGCCUGCAGAAAAGACAUCUCGCAGCGGCAUCUGUCUGCAUCUGCGGUGCGCUCAGUCUGGCGGCAGGUGUGCAUGCAUGUGUUCGGCACCGUACGGGCGGAAAAAGCGCCCACGACCCGCCGGGAGCGUUCUCCCCGCCGGUAGAGGAGCGCAGACGGAGCCGGAGCGCCGAGAGAGCGCGGGGGGCGUCUUGGACGACAGCAGGAUGACUGUGCAGGAAUUCAACACCCUCGUAGCGCUGUACCGGGAGCAGGUCAUCUCUGUCGGGGAGAUAUCGGCCGACUGUCCGGCUCUGCGGGCUCAGAUGCAUUACACCCGCACCAAAGGGUGCGCCAUGGCCCGCGCGGCGCACCAGGACCUGGCCGCCGUGUCAGUCUCAGGGCCAGAAGACGGAGAAAUCCAUCCUGAAAUCUGCCGGCUCUUCAUCCAACUGCAGUGCUGCCUCGAGAUGUUCAUAACAGAAAUGCUCAAGUCCAUGUGCCUGCUGGGGGUGCUGCAGUUACACAGAAAAACUGCAGGAACAGACUCCGAACCAAAACUGGACUUCAGGGUGGAUGAUAGCUCCGAUGUUCCCAUACUGGACGACCGAUCCUCCUCUCCUAUUGACUUCCCUCAGGAGCAAUGGCUCGUAGUCACUGACAUUGAAAACAUAGAAAGGAACAAUCCCAAAGAGCUCUUGAGCUGCAUAUCAGUCAGUCUGGCCUGUUUCUGUGACCGCUAUCCCUGGACAUCCUGGUCCGUCUGCUCCAGGACCUGCAACCAUGGUACUCAGCGAAGACAGAGGCAGUUCCAGUAUGAUGAUUAUUUCUGGAAGAGCAGCUGUCUUCAGAUGUGUUACAGUGACCGUCAUGACACGAGAGCCUGUAACGAAGAGGCAUGUCCAAUAAACUGCCAGCUGACAGAGUUCAGCCCGUGGUCCGACUGCUCACCCUGCGCCAAGAAACAGUUUCGGACCCGGUCUGUCGUGAGGCCUUCCCAAUUCGGUGGAUCAGACUGCAGUGUGGAGCUCACAGAGGAGAGGCCAUGUUAUCCAUCCAAAGAGUGCAUGUUGGCACCUAUCAACUGCAGAGAUGACUUCAAGUGUGAUAAUGGGCGGUGCAUCAACUCCACAUUAACAUGCAACAAACAGAAUGACUGUGGCGAUAACUCUGAUGAGAGGGACUGUCACACCUUCAAUGUGGUGUGUGCAGCUGAGAAGAGAGUGGCCCCUGGUGCUGACCUGGUGGGAAAUGGGUUUGAUGCUCUGGCAGAGGAGCCAAGGGGAGCAGUGCUGGACAAUAUGUUUAUGGGAGGAAGCUGCAUCAUCAGGAGGCCUCCAACGACAUUGCUCUAUCAUCGAAUUCCUCACAAUUUUGAGACCUUUGAGAUCAAGGUUGGAGAGGUAGAGGACUUCAGCACUGAGCCCCAACCCCUACACACUGAGUCCGUCGACGUGAAGAGAUCCAGCUCGUCAUCUCAAACCAUUAAAAGUCCAAAUCAUUUUCUCUACCUCAUUCUCUUCCUCCAUCGUUCAGAUGGGACUCACUUCAGUUCUAACAAAGCUGCUUUUCAAGCCUCAAAAACAAAGGACUCCAAGUUUUUCCGAGUGCAUCAAGUUCUUCCUGUGUCUACAUUUAAGAUGAGGGACCCGGGUGACCUUGUCCUUUCACUGCCUUUCCUUCAGUUCCUUCACUCUCUCCCUCUUGAGUACAACUAUGCCCUGUACAGGGACAUCUUCCAGCGCUUUGGUACACAUUACUACAGCUCAGGAUCACUGGGGGGCCACUAUGACCUGCUGUACCAGUACAGUCGAGAGGAGCUCAAAAGUUCAGGACAAACAGAAGAGCACGUCAGAGGCUGUUUGCACCGAGAGACCACCUGGACUGUCAUCCUGUACUCUGAGCACAGCAGUGUAACUCGAUGCUCGGAUAACAGGAUGACUCAGAAUUAUCGAGGUUCAUUUAUUCAAGCAUCAGAGAAAUCUUUCUCCAUGGUGAAAGGCGGUCGUACCAGAGAAGCAGCUGCUCUGGCCUGGGAGAGGAAGGGCCCCGCUCCAGACCGAACAUCAUACAAGAACUGGGCCAAGUCUGUACUCGACAACCCUGCCGUGGUCAAUUACGAGUUGCUUCCCAUCAUAGACCUGGUACAAGGAAUUCCCUGUGCUGUCACAAAGAGGAGGCACCUGCGGAAAGCCCUGCUGCAGUAUUUGGAGGAGUUUGAUACUUGCAAGUGUGCCCCUUGUCCCAACAAUGCAAAACCAGUUCUCUCUGGCACUGAAUGCAAGUGUGUUUGCCAGACUGGCACGUUUGGUACCAACUGUGAGAAACGGGCUCCUGACUACAUACUAGAGGCAGUCGAUGGUUACUGGAGCUGCUGGGGGCCAUGGAGCAGCUGCGGAGCCUACAUGAAGAGGCAUCGGACGAGGCGGUGUGACAACCCUGCCCCCCUCAAAGGAGGCCAAUCCUGCCCUGGUCCGGACCGACAGGAGGACUCGUGUCACAUCUCCCUUUUUGAAAAACAAGAGUCCUGUGACAAUGAUGAUGAUUUCACUGUGGGCUGGAGAGACGAGCUGCCUCCUGGUGUUGAGGGCUGUCUGAGGCCUCAGAGGCCUGCCAGCAGCUUCCUCAGGAAAGCAAAACAGUAUUACAACUUUGGCGAGGAUGAGGAGUUCCAGUGUUUCACUGGAUUCGACCUGGAGGGUUUUCAGUUCAUCAACUGUCUUCCCGAUGGAACGUGGAGUCAACCAAAAGGAAGAUGCAUCAGGAAGUACUGCCUUCCCCCAGAAAUCCCUGAUGACAUGACACUGUUCCCCACCAAAGACACAUAUACAGUUGGUGAAGGAGUGGGUUUGAACUGCAACGAGCCAGGUCUGAUGCCAAAUCCAAGCGGUUUCUACAGAUGCACUAGCAGUCUAACAUGGGAUCCUCCGGUACCUGCAAACCUACGCUGCACUGAUGAGGAACCCAUUGUUCCUGACGAUCAGUGUGGUCCAGGGCAGAGGCUGCAGGGCUCUCGUUGUGUCUGCAUUGAACGGGAGAGCUGCCUCUCGCAGCCGGAGAGUCUCUGCGCUCUAAAUGUACAAAUCGACGCCGCUGUGUCGAUGUCUCACUGUUCCUUCCACUCGGGCCGUUGCCAUGGUGAUCCACUUUUCUUCGUCAGCGAGGAUGUGUGUGACCCAGAAGAUGUGACCAAACUGGAGUGGGCCAAGUUCAGGGCCAAGAUGUCAUCUAAGAGCUCCAUCCAUGCGCCAUGUGGCCUGGACACUUGUUACGAAUGGGAGACCUGCUCAGCGGCUGAGAAAUGUGAGUGCAAAACAGCUCGUGACUGCGCCAGAACGGAGAACAACAUGUUCUGCGUGAAGGUGAUCAGGAGCCGGAGUAACCGCAGCAUGAACCUCUGUUCAAUGGCCGCCCUCAAAUGUGCCAGCUACCAAUUUGAAAUUGUCAGUGAAAGUGUCUGUGGUAGCCGAUGAUCCUGUCAAAGCUUGCUCGUAGCACAACACUCCAUUUACUUCAUGUAGCUACUGUGCUGUAUAAAAAAAAUCUUCCUGCACUGCUGAAAACUGAAAAUAAUCAUGAUCUUUAAAAUAUGUAUUAUUCACCCAAAGGUUCUUUUCAGCUCCACUGUGCAUUAUUAAACCACAUUUAUAAGGAUACUAUGGGCAUUAGCUCAUCUGCACUUUUUUUUUUUAAUUACGCAGAUAUAACUGGAAGGUAACCAGCCGACACAAUGAUAUCAAAGCACCCAAGGCCGAAAACACAUGGUUUAUUAUUCACAUGUGCUCUAAAAUUAUAUUACCUCCCAAUUUGGUGCAGGGGUUGCAAAGUUGGAUGAGCUGUUACAAACUUGCAUUCAUAUUCAUUAUUUAUAGCUGAAGAACUUCCACAGCUUGUAUCAUCAUGAAACUUAUGCUGUUUAAAACACCACUCCAAAUCAUUAACACCCUGAAAUUGUUGAAAAGUAUUAGAAGGUCCUGGGUUCAAUUCCCGCCAGGGACGCUGUGGGUGCUGAGUUCACUUGGGUAGCUAAUGUGAGCUACCCUCACAAAAACUCCUCAAGUAAGACUUGAGUAGUGAGACUUGAGCUCAGGACCUCCUGGGGUGGCAGAGGGGAUCAAUGCCCAGGACUGACUUUGGGAGGAGCACUGGGUGAUAAAAUGGGAACAAAAUCGCGGUAAAUUUUUAUUUUUUUUUAAAGAAAAGUGAAAAGUACAAGAUUGCAUUUAUGCAGUCCUAACAGUUACCAAUGGAAACCCUAAUAGAAAGCAUUAUAUCAAACAUAUUAAAUGUUUGAUAGAAUGUGUAGCUUUCAAUGCUCCAUGUCUCAGUAUCCAGGGUAGUGGUCCUUGGGGAUGUGGGUACACUCCUAAUUCAUGCCUGUGUAUAAGUGCCCCAGUGACAGACAUGUACUCUAUUUAGUUUACCCAAAAAUGAGUCAGUUGUAUUUGCACAUUGUUACAUAAUUUCUGUUCCUUGACCUCAGGAAAUAAGGAUUGUGAAAGUCUGAAAACUGGCCCACAACGAGUGGGAGACAACUCCACAAUUAUGCAUUUUGGGUGAACUAUUGCUUUUUCCACACUUGAAAAUUGGACAACUAUUCUUUCACCUUGCAUGUAAUUACUUGACUGUUAUCAACAUGAUUGACAAGGACCAGCAAUAAAAUAGGAGCCCACCAGGUUUGACUUCCUAGAUGCAGCUUCCUUUGCAAAACUAUAUGACACUCACACCCACAUCACUGUUCAUCAACAGACCAAAGCAGUUUUUCAAUAAAGUUUACCGAAUGUACUUCACAUGUAAAAAUAAAGAUAUAGAAAUGUAA